UGUCCUAACUUUCUGUUGGUCUCGCAGGAAGACAACGGGGUGAAGCUGAUUGACCCCAUGGGCGAGAUGGUGACGCUCGCUUGGGAGGGCUACGCCACCCGGCUGGCCAAUGCGGAGCAGCAGGAGUUGCUUUCGGUGCUGGAGGACAUCCUGGAGAAAGAAGACAUCGACAAGAGCCAGGGGGCCUUAGUGUUUGUGGGCAAAGACACCAGGAGCAGCAGUGAAAGGCUGUCACAAGCAGUCCUGGAUGGCGUAUCGUCAUUGGGAGGACGCAGCAAAGACUACGGCUUGGUGACCACCCCGCAGCUUCACUACAUGGUUUGCUGUCACAACACGCACGGGCAAUACGGCGAGGCCACGGUGGAAGGAUACUACGGGAAACUCUGCCAGGCGUUUAUCGAGCUCACCAAAAAUGUAAGAAAGUUCCAAAGA